UCGCAUGCAUACUCAUUCUUCCAAGUUGGUUCACGUUAUGAUCUUGCAUUUGAAAGCCCUAUUUGAAUAUUGUGGCCAGCUGUCUUUGAUGGUACGGUACGGGACAGGUACGGGAUAGCGCCAGGCAUGCCGACGGCACAAACACACAAACACGGAAUUGAAGCUGUGUGGACCCUGGCUAGCGCCAGACAUUACUGAAGUAACGUCUUUUGCAUAGCUACGGGAAUUAAAUGUUCGUUUAAAACAUUACCGGUCUUACAGUAAGCAAGCAAUUUCCACUUUCUGUUUGUUUGUUGAACCAUUCUGCUCAAUAGACGAGCUGGCUCAGUCCUCCGUUUUACACUGACCGCUACGGCUACAAAGUAUGCGCUAAGAUGGUUCCGAAUGGAGACGGCUUGGGCCUGGGCACGCACAUUUCCCUCAAGAUUGUCGUCAUGAGGGGCAAUUUUGAUGCCAUUCUGCAUUGGCCAUUCAAGAAGAAAAUCCAAUUUACCAUUCUUGAUCAAGCAGCUGCUCCCAAGCAUAUAUCGGCAGGUUUCAUCGCAGACAAAAACUCCGAAUCUGUUCAGCGUCCGACUUCAGAGAUGAACCUUGCUUCAGGGUAUCAACGCUUCAUUUCGCAUGAGCUUCUUUUCGAUGAAAGAUGCCGAUAUCUGCAGGACGACACAAUCUUCUUCAAGGUGCAAAUCAAGGAUCGGUUAAUCACCAAGAUCUUGGACCGCGUCAGUAGUUUUUACGCUGAUUUUGAGCGCACCAUGACAUUGUUGCAGCUAGCGUAAAAAUAAGCACAGUCUCCAAUAAUAGCACGUCUCCAAUAAUAGAACACCUUGGGGCGGCAUUCAAAAAAUAAAGUGCUCAGUCUCCAUCAUAAGCAAGCUCAUCUCUCUUCCUCUCCGCUGCCUGGAAGAUGAUCUAAAUGAAUGGCGGUUGUCUGCUGCAGUGGCAAGAUUGGCUGGAGGUGAGCCCAGUUGAAGAAAAAAAAUACACGACUAGGCGCCCUCCUAGUCGGGAUAUUCUGGUGCAUACUGUUUAUUUCUAAUGGACUAGGCACCGCUGAUAACAUGCAUACAACAAUGUUGUACAUACCCGCUGGGACAGAACAUGACGAAUGAAUUAAACUUUGUUUUCUUGAUAUUCGGGCACAUUCGGGCACAUUAAACGUAUAACAGCACAUGGGGUAUACCCACACGUUAUGUUGCUAAGCCCUUGCAAAAGGUGCUCAAUGCCACGAGGGCAGAGCCAAUAAUGCGCGGCGACUUUAUCGUUGUCUCCAUCUGCUGUGCUAAAAUUGCUGCUGCAAUUCUUAUUGAUUCUCUCCUUAUAAUAUCGCUAUGCCCAUUGCACCAGUAUCAUCAUUGUUGUAUGAGGAUUGGCGGAUCGCCAUGAAACUCCAAGCUACAGCUGUAUUCAGCCUAGUUACUUUGCUAGCUUGUGUACAUGGAAUGCCAACGCCUUCAGAUGUGCCCUUGGCCUUGGUGCAGGGAAUUCAACAGCGCGUUGAACCAAACUACAUGAAAUGCUCUCUCUCUCUCUCUCUCUCUCUCUCUCUCUCUCUCUCUUUCUGCGGUGUAUCGCCAAACUGUUCCGCCUGCUCUUGUUGCCCUUCUUGCAUUUCACCAAUAUUUUUUCUCACUUUAGCUUGGGAUCUCUCACAUUGUCCCGUGCAUCAGUCCGGACAGGGCAUACACAUACAAUGUCCCUACUUCAUGAUGCAGUAGGCAGUAGCACAGUAUGGUUUCCUAUUUUCUUCAUUGCACGGCCAAACUGUCAUGUACUAAAUGGUGUCGACAAGUACUUUUUUAAUAGUUUUAAACUGCAUUUACAGUAGUGAUUAUUCAAUCAUGUAUGUUAAGAAGACCAUUUGACUUGAGAGGCUGCUCGUCUCAGGUCGUAUCAA